CUUGCAUAUACUGGAUAUCUAGAUUGGUGCCUUAUGGUGCGCUGUUGUUCUCGAUCUUCCCUUGCACUUCUUACUACGAUUGUGGACUCAGUAUCGUCAAUGGGCUACACACAUUUGCGGUUUUAUACAUCAACUACGCUACCCUUGUGCAGAAUAGGUCUAGCGCUGAUGUGGGGGCCGAGCUUCUGCAAUCCUGGGAAUGUUGAAUGGUCGCAGACACUGCCGUGAGCGCAAGCCACAUACCUGUUUGCUAGUAAUGACGACGGUAAACUUUCCUAGUGCCUUACUUUAUUGGUCUCCCACUUGUUCUUUGCUAGGCGCGUGUACAAGUUAGGAUAUCGUCCAUGGCAUUUCGUCCUCUUCGUGGGAACCAUGCUCGCCUUGGGGUUAGCCUUCACAGUUGUUUGCACUGCCUUUGCGUAAAGUACUUGUCGAGUAUCCAUUUCCAUGAGUGUUGAUGCGGGGUCAGGUUUAUCUGGGGAACGGAGGCAAAUAGAACAAGCGUACCUGAUAUCGUUUUUGGGCCUGUCGUUCCUGCUCAACAUCGUUCUCACAUGGCGACUGGUGUGGUAUUUGCGAAUCAACCACACUGGAGUCAAGAGUACGGACAACCUGAUCAACAGGAUCGUCUCAUUCUCGGUGAACACCGGUAUCCUGACCGGGAUCCUGACACUUGCUCCGAUGAUACUACUCGCAUUACCGAUGCGAAAUGGGUUGGCGUGGUACCCAGUAAUGACUCUUCUAGCCCCUGUGCACACCAGCAUCGUCUUGGUCGCGGUGAAUUCCCGUCGGUCGCUUGUGGACCGUGGCUCCGAGGGCAUCGAGCUGCGAAGCUUCGACCUCGACGUCGCCCCUCGCAGGCCGGAGCUCAAUUCGACGAUCGAGUUUGCGGAGAUGGGUGGAGGGACGUCGACCACUAUAGAGUUCAGGGAUGCACCUGUGAUACGUGUAGACCUCGAGGAACAACCUCCGCACGAGGGCUCGCCAAAGGACAGGAGGGGUGAUUAAUGACGGAGAGCCGCUGAUAGGACAAGCCCGCUAGCGGAGCCCCGGCGUCCUGAUAUCAACGGAGUCGGAGACGAGUUGGGAAGGCCAGAUGUAAUUCCUCGUGGUUGCUGUUUCAUAAUCUG